AUGUCCGACACCGCCAGCAUCGUUACCGUCCAAGACGAAAAGCCUGUGGCUCCUAUACUUUUCUCGAACGAGUUCACCGAUAAGGAGGUAGCAGUGCAGAGGAAAGCUUACAUCAAGAGCUUGGUUGUAGGAUGUCUGUCCAUGAUCAUCGUCAUAUUCACCGUCUUCUCGAUAUAUUGGGGCGCGCUGUGGAAGGUUCCUGAUCACAAACUACCUGGAUGGGUCGUCGUAAGUUGGACUUUCGACGGGUCUACUGUCGGCAGUGCCGUUACCAGUGCACUUCUUUCUGAUACAUCGUCUUCGUCAAGGGUUGCCUGGAAGCAAAUGCCCGCCUCAGAUUUCUCGGGCCUAGAUGAAGUGGGUCACUGGAUCGUAGAGCAAAAGGCUUGGGUGGCUGUCGUCAUUCACGCCAACGCUACCUCCACCCUCACCUCGGCUGCUUCGUCGAUCGAUUCGUCAUAUAAUGGCACACAGGCACUUACAGUCUAUGCUGUAGAAGCUAGAAACGAGAAUGCAUUCCGUUCACUUCUCCGUCCCUACAUCAUGACCACCAUGGCAACAAUCUCGCAGAACUUUGCCCAGACUUUCGCCACGCAACUGGCCAACUCCUCAUCUUCGUCUAUCGCGUCGAUCCUCCAGUCUGCUCCACAAAUAAUCACUCAGCCUAUCAGCUACGCCAUCGACAAUCUGCGGCCAUUCGACGUUCCUGUCGCAAGUGCUAUCACCUUUGUUGGUCUCAUCUACCUACUGGUUUUGUGCUACUUCAUCGUCCUCAUCGGUUCAGGCGCUCGUAUGACCUCCGGAGUCGAGAUGAAGCUCACCACCAAAUCACUUAUCAAAGUCCGCUUGGCCUCGACCUUUGCCCUCUACUUUGUCAUCUCCCUCUUCUACUCUACCCUCAGCCGCGCGUUCCAGGUCGACUUUGACAGAAAGUUCGGCGCUGCCGGUUUCGUGAUCUUCUGGAUGCUCAACUUUGUUGGCAUGCUCUCCGUGGGGCUCGCACUUGAGGCUAUGAUCACGCUCUUGACGCCAAAGUUUAUGCCGUUCUUCAUGAUUACUUGGAUCAUCACCAACGUCGCGGUGUGUUUCAUGCCUAUCGAAGUUCUGCCACACUUCUACCGUUACGGCUAUGCGUUCCCCUUCUACAAUGUAUCGGGCGCAGUCCGGACGGUUCUAUUUGGUACAAAGAAUCAACUCGGUCUCCACUUUGGAGUUCUUCUCGCAUGGACAAUCGUCUCGCUCUUCACCCUCCCACUUUUCCAGUGGAACGCUAGGAGAAUGUUGACUCGACAACAAGCCAGCCAGCCAAAGGCCGUAUAA